AUGGCAAAUGGUAGUAACGAUACUCUUCAACUUAUCGUUAAGCAAGAAGAACCGACCCUCGUUCCUCCUGCAGAGGAGACACCGAAGGGUCUGUACUUUCUCUCGAACCUUGAUCAAAAUAUCGCAGUCAUAGUUCGUACGAUUUACUGCUAUAAGUCUGAUUUGAAAGGAAAUAAGGAUGCUGUGGAAGUCAUUAAGAGUGCCUUGUCAAAAGUACUUGUUCACUACUAUCCACUUGGUGGGCGGCUGACGAUUAGCUCAGAAGGAAAGCUGAUAGUGGAUUGCACUGGCGAAGGUGCUCUUUUUGUUGAGGCUGAAGCGAAUUGUGAAAUAACCGAGCUAGGAGACACAACAAAGCCUGAUCCUGUGACUCUUGGGAAGUUGGUUUAUGAAAUUCCUGGUGCACAAAACAUACUUCAGAUACCUCCUCUGGUGGCACAGGUGACCAAAUUCAAAUGCGGAGGAUUUGUUCUUGGGUUAUGCACGAACCAUUGUAUGUUCGAUGGAAUUGGUGCUAUGGAGUUUGUGAAUUCAUGGGGAGCAACUGCUAGGGGUUUGCCUCUGGAUGUACCUCCAUUUCUAGAUAGAAGCAUACUCAAAGCUCGAAACCCACCUAUGGUAGAGUUUCCACACCAUGAAUUUGCUGAGAUUGAAGAUGAGUCAAAUACAGGCAAGCUUUAUGAAGAGGAAAUGCUCUAUAGAUCUUUCUGUUUUUCCCCUGAGAAACUUGCCCAACUCAAGAAAAUAGCUACAGAAGACGGAGUUCUAGCCAAGUGCACAACAUUUGAAGCUCUCUCAGCCUUUGUGUGGAGAGCUCGAUGCCAGGCAUUAAGGAUGGUGCCUGAUCAACAGAUAAAACUGCUUUUUGCUGCGGAUGGACGGUCUAGAUUUAAGCCACCAAUACCUGAAGGAUACUUCGGAAAUGCAAUUGUGUUGACAAAUUCUCUGUGCAAAGCAGGAGAGCUAAUGGAUAACCAGUUGUCGUUCGCAGUAGGGCUAGUUCAAGAGGCAAUUAAAAUGGUUGAUGACAGUUAUAUGAGAUCAGCGAUAGAUUAUUUUGAAGUUACAAGAGCCAGGCCUUCUCUGGCUGCAACUCUUCUAAUCACAACUUGGUCUAGGCUAUCUUUCCACACAACAGACUUCGGUUGGGGAGUGCCUAUUUUAUCAGGGCCUGUAGCUCUUCCAGAGAAGGAAGUAAUUCUUUUCCUUUCUCAUGGGAAAGAGAGGAAAAGCAUAAAUGUGCUUUUGGGCCUGCCAGCUUCUGCCAUGAAAAUAUUUGAAGAACUAAUGCAGAUUUGA